AUGUAUGGUAUAUUAUUUGAAAUUCUACGAAAUUAUAUUGAUGAGACAUUCGGUCCAUCAACAUGGGAGGCUGCUGUACAAAUAGUCAACGGACAACAACUGGAAAUACAAACUAAUCGGAACUAUUCUACACGAUUACUAACACGAAUAAUCAGUACAUUAUGUGAGUUUAUUGGUCUACCUGAAGAAGAUAUUUAUUACGAAUUCGGUAUUAAAUCUGUCGAUUAUCUGAGUAAUAAUGGUUUCCAGAGUUUAUUACAAGUACUGGGUAAAAAUUACAUUGACUUCGUACAUAAUAUCAAUGAAAUGCACGAGUAUUUACAUUAUUCUUAUCCAAAAAUUAAACCGCCUAAUAUACAAGUCACUUCAAUCAAUCACAAUGUCAUCACUUUGGUCUAUUCUUCCGCACGUGAAGAAUUUGCGCAUUAUCUGAGAAGUCAACUAAUAUAUAUUGCAAAAUUAUAUUUUCAAUUGGAUGUUAGUGCAAAGUUAGUUGAUAAAAGGAAGCAAGUAGCUUCACACAUAUACACAUUUAAGCUAUACAAUAAAGGUUUAUCAUGGAUUGAAUUAUUAGAGAAAGAUAAUCAACUCAAUAAGUAUAUAUCUCUAUUGGAUUUAACAGUCUCAUUACCAGAGAAGGAAUUUUUAGGCAUACUACCUUUUCAUUUGGUACUGACCAAGGAUAUGACAAUCAAACGUGUAGGUAAGGGAUUUUCAUGUUUAAGAAAUGAUAUAUCGGGAAAGGAGUUUGUAACAUGCUUUCUAAUUUCAAAGCCGAAAACAAAUCCAAAUUUCGAUGAGUUUCACAGCAGGUGCUGGAUGAUGAUUGUCCUUGCAACGUCAUCACUUUUGGAAUUGAGGUUCAGCACUUUUGAACUAAUUCUCUUAAACAAACCUUCGUCAAAAAGUAGAUCUUCUAAAAAUGCUUCGAGGGUUGAUGAGAAUUGCCGCUUCAAAGGAGCAAUGAUCUAUGUUGAAGAAUGGUUAAUGCUGUUAUUCAUAGGCACACCUGUAAUUAGAGACACGAAACAAUUAUACGAGAAAAAACUACGGAUUUCUGAUCUGAAUACAUUCGAUAGUAGUCGUGAUAUAAUAAUUCAAGGAAAUCAACAGUCGGACGAAGUUAUGAAACUUUACGAAAAACAACGUCACAAGGCUAAGCAAAUGGAGAAGAGUAUGAUGCAAUUAGAAAAGAUUAGGAAAGUUACUGAUGAAUUGUUGUAUCAAUGUAUUCCUAGUACGGUGGCCAGGAAAAUUCGAAACGGCACUCCAGCAAUCGAUACCAUUCAGACAUUUGAUGAAGUGACAAUAUGUUUUACGAAAGUGGUGAACUUCGCUGCAAAAUGUAUGCACAUAGGUGUUGAACAAGUGAUAGAGUUGUUGAACAGAAUGUAUUCUCUCUACGACGCUUUGACUGAAAAUCAUAAAGUCUACAAGGUUGAAACAGUCAAUGACAGUUAUAUGUUGGUUUCUGGAGCACCACACAGGACCCCAUUACAUGCUGCACAUAUAGUCGACACAGCAUUAGAAAUCAUAGAAGUAACUCUACUCAGUCUCUACUGGCCAGAGUCAAUUGGAAAUAUCCCAGCUAAUAAUAAGAAUAAAACUGUUUAUACAAAUGAAAACUUACAUCUUUACAUUGGAUGUCAUACUGGUCCAAUUGUUGCUGGUGUAGUCGGUUAUAAAACACCACGAUAUUGUUUAUUUGGUGAUACAGUGAAUACUUCAAGUAGAAUGAUGAGUCAUGGUUCACCAGACAAAGUGCAUAUUAGCGAAUCUUGUGCUCAGUCUUUAUCACCUUAUCCAUAUGAAAUAGAAUGUCGAGGAGAAAUUCCAAUCAAGGGUAAAGGGAACAUGAAGACAUACUUCGUCACAGGUCGGAAACCAGAAUUCGUCUUACAAGACACGACUGAUGGGGUGAGUCGCAAUUUUGCUGAAGUUCUCAAGGAAGACAUGCUCAAAGACGAUGAUAUACCAUCGGAGAAUUCGGAUGACUCUGCGAAAUUCUCCAUCAAUUUGUCCGACGCAAGUGGGACUACCGAGGAAGAGUCUGCUCCUGCAUCUCCAAAGGAUGAUGGAGAACUAGAAAUGAAUAAGAAGAUAUCUGAGAAAAAAGACAGAAAAUCCAGUAGAGGUGGGAGUAGACGCUCAAGUAAAAGCGGUCAGAAACGCCGUCAAUCUCAGCCACUCUCUAAUACAACUUCACCAAUGAACGAGAAUCCUGAUGUCGAGAACCAACAGAGCAGCUCAGGUUUUGUGAACAACCAAAACACAACUGAGGUCCUAAAUGAAGCUGCACGGCGUCUGGUCGAAACGAAAAUAAAAGAUGUAAAGAAUGAACAGAAGAAGAAACAGGAUAUUACAUUCAGUCUUGAUAAUCCCAAAGAAAUCUUGAAAGAGGCUCCCAGCGAAGCGGAUUUGCAAGCAGUAGACAACAAUGCUGACGAAGCGACUUUGUUCAAGUCGAAACCAAAGGCACCUGAACGCUCUAGAUUGAUUAAACUCAAUCCAGCAAACAAAGUCUCCAGUGUUUCUAUUUCCAGCAAACCCAUCCAACCUACUCCUGAUGAAGUUGCUGUGAACAAUGUGAGUACGGAUACUACUGAAAAUGCACCAAAUGAUGAUAACGAUCAAGUUACUCAAGAGAUUGGCAAUCAGGAAGACACCGUCCAACAAUACCGUGAAAUGGUGAAACAGGGCCGUUUUGAUCCAGUACAAGAUUUGCCAUUCUGUUCACCUCAGGCAGCUAUAUUCAAAGAUUUAGCUCAACCAUUGUGUCUAGCACUAACCGAAUUACUUAUCAUUAGACCAAAGAAUCCUAUUAUGUAUCUGGCUAUCUGGUUAAGAAACUAUUCAAUGGACAGUUCAAAAUUUGACUGGGUUAUACAUUCCGGAUGAAAUAAUAUACACUUUGCAAUCUUUAAACGUCUUAUUUAUUCACUGAUGUGUGCUUAAUUUGCUACAUGUUAUAUCCGUAGAAUUUUUUUAAACCAGUAGAGAAUAAACACUG